AAUUGAAAGUGUGGGCUCGUGCUGUGACGUCGGUAGUCACGUGACGUGCACAAGCGGAGGUUCUCCCACACUCUCUGUUUGUAGUAGAUGCAUUACUAGAACGUAGGAGUACAGUUUCUGUUUGGUUGGACUCAACUACAGAAUCUUCGCCAGAAAUUUGCAGUCGAGUUCGGUGCUUUAUCAAACGAAGGUCCAUCGCCUGCCAUAAGUAUUGGCCUCCACAUCAUAAUGAAACCCUACUAUGCCUUAGCCGUAUGUGCAAUCUUCGCAAUGGUGCUUGUCAUCGCCGGUGCUCAAGAUAUGAAUUUGUUUGGUCGCGAGGAAGCUAAAGAGGACCAGCAAAGUGCACAGAAUAUUGAGAAAAAGUACGCUCGUCUGUCCUACUUCCGGUCACCUUCACGCCCACGUUAUGGAUGGAACAAUAGAGGAAGAGGACGCUACUCUAGACCUGUACAGAGAUCCCCUAUGUAUGGAUGGAGGCAUCGUUCAAGCCGUCCCAAGAUGCCAUGGGAGUACCUUCCUGACAGCUACUGCUUCCGCAACCGAUGCCGAUCCAACUUUGACUGCUGCAAAAAAUACAACUUGUGCAACCCAGCUGCCAAACUGUGCUAUGAUUGCUGGUACGGGCACCCGUGCAGGCGCAAUGAAGACUGCUGUGCAAAAUACCCCACUUGCAACAAGCACAGGGGCAUGUGUGUGGAUUAAAGAAACACUGGAGCUGGAUACACGUUUCCAAAAACUGUCAUGAGAUGGCUUUGCUUUAAGUAUGGUAUUGCAAUUAAUUCCGACAUUCACGUUAUGCCUUGUGAUAUUAAAUCCGUACACCAGAACAAAAUUAAGUAAAAAAGAUCAGUUUGAUAUGAUAUAUAUUAUACUAUUUUCAGUAGAGAAAUAACCAUGGCCAAAACAACACCAAGAACGCAAACGCAAAAAUCAGUUCUCUGCAACGCCUAUCUUAAACGUAAAGCUGUCCCCAUGAUGUCCAACAUUCCAAAGAGUGUAUGGCUAGAAAUUAUUCCAGGAUAAUUUCAAAAUUAUGGAGAAAAUCGCUUCAAUUAACAUGUUUUUGUCUUCAUUUGUUGGUUUAUGCCUGAUUAUUUAGCCUUAUAGCAUCGGCUAAAAUACUUAUUUUCAUAUGCAAAUACAUAUACUGAGUAUGUGUAUUGCAAAAGGUGAUUGCUACAAAGUCACAGUCAUACAUUCUGAUCAAUGCAUAGAAAAAAUAUUUCUGACAUGCUUUUUCAAAGAAAAUGGAAACGGGUCAACGAACUUCACGAAGUGAUUCAGACAAAGUAUAUGCAUAUAUAUACGAACGCGUUGACACCCUUGCAAAAGUAAAUUGUAAUUAGGAUAUUCAGAUACUUAUUACUGUAUAUUUUAUAAUUCUAUUUUAUGUAUAUGUAUAUCGUUUUGAAAAUUAUAUACUGCCAAACUUUUCAGGUCAAGAGGUUGUGUUCAUGAUUAUCGUCCCAGUAAUCAUGAGAGGUCAUUAUUCAUGUCCUAGAUUGUUUUGUAUAAGGACACAUUAUCUAGAGGUCGUUAGUUACUUCAUCUACACAUUCUUUAAACGAAGUGUUUCCUGGAUUUGGGCCUUGUAUUUUUAAUGCAUACGUGAUUUAUAAUCUGAAGAGUCUUUCUUAUGUUAUUUUAUUGUAUAUUCGUUCGAUUUGACUAAUUAGAGUGAGUUUAAUUGGUAUUAUGACCCUCAUAAUUACCAGUGGUUCAAUUCGUUUCAAGGCCAGUCGAAAGUCAGAUGUAUGAAUCUCAUUUCAUCAAUAUUUUAAGAAACAGAAAAACACUCAUAUCAUCAUUUCGCUCACAGUGACAAGAUUGUGCUAUGUACAUCAGAUUAUCAGCUUUUCAAAACAUCAUGAAUAAACUAUAAUUUGAGGUC